AGACUUUGUGUUACGUAUUACCCAGGAUGAAUUGUUAAUAUAACAUGGCAAGCUAUUCUUGGAGAAGGAGUUUAACUGACAGUUUUACGUGGAACUUUUGUGCAAAUCCAGGUACCUGUUAUAAUUAGACAAUCCUCGAGGAACUUUUCUUUAUUUAGUUUAUGAUGUAAAGAGAAUGUCAAACUUACCGAUUUGUUGUGACUGACGAAUAAUAAAUUGUUGCAGAAGUUCGAACAGUGGAGAAGUUAUCGUUGGCUUCUUCUUAAAGAUAAUAAAUUAUUCGUGAUAUCUUAUACCCUGUACAAGGAAAUAAAAACGACAUUUCAAAUAUUUAAUUAAUUGUUUGAUUUUUGUGUUUGAUGUUUAUUAUGAAAUGGAAAUACGAGCUGAAUGUGAAUGUGUAAUAAAUUAGUAAAUGUUUGUUUUAUUUCGAAAUGUAAAUCUGUUUUAUGUAAAAUGGUACAGUUUUCAUUAUAAUGGAGUUCUUAAGAUUUAUUUAUUCUUAGUACUACCUUUCUGCAAAAAUACUUAUUCAACGGAAAUAUUAAUAAAUACGUUGUAACAGAUGCCUUCAGAUCUUAGAAGAGUCGAUUGUGAAAAUGUUUUUAUUAAAUUCAUGGAAACUGCAACACUGAUUAAAGUAUCUUCUUAACCCAGCUGUAACAGUUUUGCUGUUCCAGGGAUGACCUUCUGAUUAUGUACAGUGCUCGUCUCAUUUUCAAAGCAUGCAGCGUUGUCAAACUUUCUUUGAAAUGAUUUAACACUGGUUUGCCAUUUGAAAAUUGUGUAAAAUCUAUUCGAGGUGACACGUUCAAUUUGAAACACAAGACGUUGCUAGCGUAUUUUACAAGUGUUGCGUGUAGCUUACCAUUUUAGCCUUUUGGCACUAAGUAAUAAGUAUAUUGAAACAUACCUUUUUAACGUGAUUUUCUCCAUCUUUGUUCGUUAAAGAAGAUAUAUGCCAAAGAUUUUCGUACAUAUCGUUAGCAAUUUAAAGGCAAAUACUAGUAUUCCUUUAAUAUUAUUUGUUUACAACCUAAUGACGUAAUGGAUUAACAUACAUACAUUGAAACUACGUGACGUUAUGUCACGUGUUUUUUGACGGGCAUUAUGCCGUCUAUGGUACGAUUUAUCGGUGACUUUGCUGGUCCCGCUAGUGAACUUGGAUCUGGUUUGACACCCGGGCAUUUAGGACGGCGUAGGAGCUCAAUUAGAAGGGGCUCGGAAUCAGGAGAUAACAUACAACAUACUAUUGCUCUGACGUCACACUCAUCGACCCCAAGUGCGCAUGAAUCUGUAGGUGACAGUACCGGUGCUCAUCUGAUGGACAGUAUUAUUGGGUCUGUAGGACGGGUAGCUAACGUCAAAGUGCGCAAUGAUGACGAUCUUGUAGACCGACUGAAUCAUCUUUAUACAACCGGCAUCCUUAUCAUCUUCACCGUCGUCGUUAGUGCCAGACAAUACGUCGGCGAUCCUAUAAGAUGUUGGUGUCCCGCAGAAUUUCCGGGAACACAUGUGGACUAUGCGAACAAUAUAUGCUGGAUCUCAAACACAUAUUACGUACAUAUAGAGGACCCAAUCCCGUUAAAUAUUCACGAAAAAGAAGGGAAGGAACUCAACUAUUACCAAUGGAUUCCUGUGAUGCUGUUAGUGCAAGCACUUCUUUUUUACUUGCCAUGUAUAAUUUGGAGGUUAUUAAACGGACAGUCAGGAAUAAACGUUGACAGAAUUGUCUCCCUUGCUAGCGAUGCACAGUAUGAAUCACCGGAAAAUAGGGUCCGGACUAUAAAGUACGUGGUACGGCAUUUAGACCGUUGCUUAGACAAUCAAAGAGAAAGUAGAUCCACUUGCUGUGUAUCUAUACGCCAUUUCCUUUCCGCAAAGUUAUCCAUAUUGUGCGGAAAGAGAUAUGGGAACUAUUUAGUCGGAGUAUAUUUUCUUACAAAAGCAUUUUAUAUCGCAAAUGCUAUAGGCCAGUUAUUUUUGCUCAAUGAAUUUUUAGGCCAAGAAUUUAAUUUAUUUGGAUUUCAAGUUAUGGAAGACUUGAUAAAUGGAAAGGAAGACUGGACAGCAAGUCAUAGGUUUCCACGAGUGACACUCUGUGAUUUUCAAAUCAGACAGUUCAACAAUCUUCAUCGAUAUACCGUACAAUGUGUUCUUCCUAUAAACUUGUUCUCAGAAAAGAUAUAUAUUUUUCUUUGGUUUUGGUUCGUCUUUUGUUCAAUUAUGUCGUGUUACAGUCUUGCACACUGGAUUUGGUACACCGUCUUUCCAACUGCCCGGAUGCAAUAUGUCCGCAAGUUCCUUCGCGUAAUGGACCGUAUAGGGUCUGGACCGGAAAAGAAACUAGCUAAUAGAUUCACCAUGGAAUACUUAAGGCAUGACGGUGUCUUUACGUUAAGACUUGUAGGCAAAAAUUCAAGUGACAUAGUUGUUGCAGAAAUUUUAGCAGGAUUAUGGGAUAUGUAUAGAACUAAAAAGGCUGCACAGAUAAGAAACAACUCACUAGGAAAUGAAUUCGACGAGGCGGCUGAAGACGUCUGACUGUAAGAAAAUCUUCUUCCGGUAUGACACUUACUUCCGGUAGGACUUCUUCCGCUUGUUUCAAAGCGUAUUCCAGAGAUUAGGUCGUAGAAUGUUAUGGACAGAACGUUAUCGAGGCAGGCCACAUCCCCGGUCAAGCUUAUAUCUCUAUGGUAAAAAUUACGUGCCACAAACCCCCAGUUCGAAGUAUGUUAUACGUGGACAAUCUGCAGGGAAUGUUCGUACGGCAAACAGUCGUCCUUGGUCUUUGCUAUGAGAUACAAAAAAAAAAACAACGACUACUUCUAUGCUCAACACUCCUAGUCACAAGAUUGUAAAAAAGUGUUUGCGGACCAGUCUCAAAAUGCAGCCAUGUCAUAGGUCAAGGUCAAAUUUGAUCUCAGAAUCAACCUGUCAGAUGCUGGUGUUUUGAGACUGGUCUUAAAACUGAGUGUUGCGACUUCGGGACUGUGUCCCAAUAUUUUACAAAAGAAGUUUGAGACAGAUUGAAGAAUGAAAUAUUAUAAUGCAUUGUCAAAUUUCAAAAUUGUACUCAGUAAUCAGAUACUAGAGUUUUGGGCUUUAUUCCAAACUACCAAACUAAAUUUUAAGACAGUGAAUUUUGAGACAAAAGUCAGAUUUUAAUCUUGUAUUCAGUCGUUUUCAAAAUUCGAAUAUCAAAUCCUCGAGAUUCAGCUUAAAGUAGUUUUAUAACUCCAGAACCUGUUUUUUAGGAGCAAGCAGUCUUUUCAAUUUAAGUUUUCAGUUUAAUAACUGUGUAUAUGAAAUAGUUGUUGAUUUCUUUAAUAGUAUUAAUCAUUUUACUUUUAUGAGAUAUUUAUUAAACUUUGAAAUGGCACAUACACAGUAUAUCCAUAUUAUGAUCAAUAAAACCUCUGUCAGGUGGUACAAAUCACAUUGAGUACAGACGUCAUGAAUGAAUUGCCCAUUUAUAAUUGGUCUGGUCCAGUUUUUGACCUUGAUAGUUUUACCUAAACUCUUCAGCAAAAAUAUGAAUUGGAUAUAUCUUUAGUUUACUCAGAUUAUUUCUGUAAGUACAUUGUAUGUCAGUAAUUUAGCAUUAUUGUAGAAAAACAAGAAACAAAUCAGUGUGUUUGCACGCAAAUAUCCUAAUUUUAGAAGUGAUAGCACAUGUCAUAAUCUUCACACCAGAAUGUUACGUAGUGCAGAUAUUUUUGACAGUUUAUAUACUGUCUAGACGACUAGAUACUUUUCUUUUUGUCAUUUCUAUUCUUAGCAAAUUUUUAUAAUUGUGUUUAGACCUACCACGUUAUACGCCGGUGUCAAAAGUAGUUCCCGUAUGAGAGUAAAUAAUUCAUUAUAUAUCUGUGUAGAGGCAAAUCUUGGUGAAUUGAGGCGAAAAAUCAAAACUGAAAACGACAACGUUACAUUAAGGCCACAUUUGAUAUUGCAUUAUUCAAGUAAAAUUUAUUCGCGGAAAAAAGUCUGACAAUGGUCUUGUUGCUCUAGCAAAUAAAGGAAUUCUUAACGAGACGCUUGUGCGAUCCUUUAAAUCUUUAUAGGAACACGUAAUUUCUUUCUUCUUUUUGUUUUUUUUUUUCACUUUUUUAUGCAGAUAGUUACUUGUAAUUUGGACGUGGUGCCCGGUAAGCUUUAAAGAAAAAGUGUAGCAGCUUACUUCAAAUGAAAGAAAAAUGUAACUUCUUCCUUGACAUUGGAAUACAUCUAUAGUAAUGCCUGUCAACAGUCAUAAACAAAAUACAGUACAUGACUAUUAUGCACAGAACACAUGUAUAUCAUUCAGUCUGAUGCGCAUGUACACGAAUGUAUGGGAAACAUUUGUUAAACUAGAAGAUUUCUUCUGUAGAUUUUGAAAAGGCACAUGGACAUUUUAAUUAAGAUUUUAUUGAGCGACAUUAACUUCGGCAUAAUUAUGCUUAGGACUACAAAGUAAUUCCACACAGUCGGUUUCACACGGUAAACAAACGGGGCCCACUCCUGCGAUAAAGACAAUGCGCAUAGUCACUUCUCUGACCCGCCGGUGAGUGCACGUCUCGAGAAGGCACAGGGCAUUGACGGAACUAGGUCAUAAUUAUAUUGGCCUUUUUCUGUCUGUGUCCUGACUGAAGCCGGCGGGUGUGGCCCUAAAAGGAACCGUUUUGUGUGGAAGGAGCUACCUUCGAGGUUCCUAAUUCCUACGCUCAACAUGGGGUGCGGGAGGGGAGGGGCACAUCAACUCUACGACGAGGGACCAGCGACUAACACUACCAGCCAGUUACCUGCGGCUCCAACCGCCCUUGUUAGGGCGACUUUCGAUACCUCUAGUAUUUGUCUUGCAACCACGUCUCUGUCGUUCAUGGUCUCAUUGGCCGCGGCCGAGAUCAGCGUUUGGCUGGACUUUUUGGCUAAUACUCUACGGAAAUUGCGUAGAGGUAAAUUUUCUUCACAACUUUGACUUCAAAAAUCCUCUUUAACGGUAUGCCUGGUGACAUGCCGGGGGUCUAUACUCUUACAUAGCGUUAUGCUAUAUUGUGCCUGAAAGGGCGGAUGGACUCCUAUUUAACUUAAACUGACUGACUGACAAUGAGCAUAGUACCUAUUUUGAGAAAGAUUAAUUAAGAUUUUAUUGAGCAACGUAAAUUUCAGCAUUUGCUGCUUAGGACUACAAAAUAUUUCCACACAGUCGGUUUCACACCGAUCAUAUUGAAGUCCCCCGACAAGGACAAUGCGCGUGCACACCUGUUUUUAGAAAGACUGGGGUUUACACUUUUUCAAUUAAUUUCAUUUGCAGCAUAUUGGUCAAAACUUAUGUUUUUUUUGUUGUAAGUGAAACUUACAAAUUAGCAUAGUUAGGUUAAUUGUACAUUAACUUUGUUGUUGCCAUGCAAAAGAAAAACAUGUGCACAGUUCUAUGCAAUAUGUUAAUAACAGUACCGACUGUUAACUUCAACACGCUUUCAUGCUUUAGUGAUCGCGUUUAAUGACUAAUAUCAGCUGUUCCGUCAAUUUCCGUGCUGAAUUCAAGAUUUAUUGUCGAUCUGAUUGUCUGAAGAUUCCUUUCUAAGAGUUUUGGUAUCAGUAUUCGGGAUAUGGAAACAAGGUUUCUUUGUUUAGAAAACGAAACACUUGUUUUAAUCUGUAUUUGAUCUAUUUGACUGUAUAGACAAACAGGAAUAAAGAACAUAUUUGUUUGUCAGUAGAACACUUAUUAAUGUUACAAAAGUCCAUACUAAAAUGUAAAUUUUAUCUGGAUUACAAAUUUAUGUUAACCAAAUCAAAUGCAUAUUAUGUCGAUUUUCCCGUGUCAACCUUAUAUGUAUUUUAAACUAACACAGAGUGUAUUGAUUUUUUUUUAUUUGGGAUAUUUAUUUUACAAAAUUCUUUGAUAAAUUACAUGGCAUAAAUGCAGGUCAUAAUGAUUUAUCAUAGAGCAUAUCUUAACACAUUGCCGUCAUUAAAACUAUGCAUGAUUUACUCACAUAUGCAUGUUGAUACACACAUUAUUAUAUGCAUAUAUAUUCAGUUAAUGAACAUCAAGACAUAAUGAAGCCAUUUUUUAGUUUUCUAUCACUGCCAUCUGUAAUAUACAUAUAUUUACAUAUUGGAAAACUUAAAAUAAAGUUAAUGAAUAACUUUAACGCAUACCGCGGUAUUUUCUAAAAAAAAUCUAGAGUACAGUUUAUAGACUUUAUUCAAUAUUCUUGAUAUUUAAAUGUUUAGAUUCUUUUUUAAAUAUCAAUCUUUGAAACAUUUUGUAAAAGUCAUUGUAUUAAUGUAAAUAUGUGCGAGCAGAUAUAUCUUUCUGCGUUAAGUUUGGAAGUGACUUUCAAUGUUAACAAACCCUCAGAGUUUUGUGAUUUAGAAGCAGACGUUUGCAUCUGUUUCGUGUAACAUUGUAAAAUGUGCCUCUCCAACAUAACGGUGCCAAACCCCCAGGCUAAUUUCAUCAUAGUUUGUUUACAAGACAGAUUUGUUUUCGUUCCGUUUAUUAGAACAUUGUUCUGUUUGUUUGAUUAUAAAAGUUAUAGUUUUAUGAUAUUUUAAAGAUUCUAGAUUCUACAUUUUGAAUAUAUAUAUGUAUAUUUGUGAAUGUAAAUGUUUUCAUCAUAAUUUUUGUUCACAACAGUAUGAUCAUAUUUGCGUUUUAUGGUGAUAAAUAUAAACUGUUGUUUAUUAAGCUUUUGUGGACAGACAUCUUUUUUGUUGUGUUUGAAAAACAGCAAGCUCCUCACAGCGGUUACCUUCCCUUGCGUUCAUUAUAACCGCUGCAUUCACAAGAUACCACGUGACGAUAAGAAAGUCACAUGACACUGCAAAAUAGCGUGGACGCCAAAGAAACAAAUUCCGACAGCCUGUGUCCAAUAGAUAUUUUUGACAAAAGUCACUUCAGUUUGUUAUUUGAACCAUUAUGUGCGCGAAUAUUACCAUCUAGAUGCGAAUAAUGCAAUUUAAAAAAAUAAAAAAACCAACAAAUCUGGUUAAGCAACUCGUGACGGCAGUGAUUUAUGUACCGUAAGGGGAAGUAAUCCUGCGGGGAGUUUGGAAAAACAGUAGACAAACAAUGUAGACUAAAAUACAUGUCGGUAGUUUCUAACAGAAAUCGACAUUUCACGAAGUUGAAGUAUAAAUUCUGAAUUUAACAAACAUUGAUUUGAUUCUGUUCGAAUUCUUUCACUACAAUUUAAGUUGGGAUUAUUGAAUUCGAGUUAUCAAUACUUGGUUGCGUACU